UUAUAUAGAUUGCAUGCAGCAUCUUCAGAGAAUGGUUAAGCUUAGUGGUAAGAGCAUUGCAUUAACAACGAAAGGUUGUGGGUUCGAUCUCAGGUGAUUGCACAUACUUAUGUAUAAAUGUAUAGGAUAAUGCAAUGUAAUAUACUACUGUUUACUACUGAUUUGUUUUGAUUUUUGUAUAGGUACAUGAUGUGGGUCAGGGCGGUUUGGAAAGAGCCAAAUGGAGAGGAGGAGGGAGUCAUCCCCGAGGUUUGGGUGAAGGACAACAUGGUACACUGGCCACCAGGGGCUAAUGUAACUAAAGCAGCUAAAGAGAUGCGAACGCCAACAAGUAGCUGGAAAAUGUUUCCACUGCUGAAAAUCAAAUUCAAGUCAAAUAAUCAGGAAGAGUGUGAAGCCUUCGACCAAACAAGUACUGCAGAGAUCAGUGAGGAAGAAUGUGGUCCUGUCAAGAGGGUAUCAAAGAAAAAAAUAUACCCAGGGUUUAUUUUAGAUGAGGAUGAGCAUGAAAGCAGGACGAAGCGGAUCGGUCUGUCCUUUCCAAAACCACCAAGGAUUCAAGAAAUGUCUAGCCAGGCAUUAGGAUCAGAAGAAAAUGAUUAUAAAUCCAGGUCCAGGAGUCCAUUCCAUGACUCUCUGCUCCAAAGUUCUCGCUCUCUAUCCCAGUGGUCCCACACUCCCAGCCACAGCACUGUACGCCAACAGUCCCACACUCUGCGCCACACCACUUCACGCCACCGGUCCCAAUCUCCAACCCACAGCACCCCACGCCAGCGGUCCCGCACGCCACACCACACCACUUCAUGCCACCAGUACCAGUCUCCAACCCACAGCACCCCACGCCAGCGGUCCCGCACGCCACACCACACCACUUCAUGCCACCAGUACCAGUCUCCAACCCACAGCACCCCACGCCAGCGGUCCCGCACUCCCAGCCACCGGUCCAAAUCUCCGACUCGCAGCACCCCACGCCAGUGGUCCCGCACUCCACGCCACAGCUAUUCACGCCCACGGGACAGCUCUCCACACCAGCGCUCCAGCUCUUCUUAUGAGUGCUCCCAAAGACCAGCUAGGGAAAACCAGCACAGAGAGGGUGGAGAGCUAUUCCCAUUAGAUAAUGGAAAAUUCCAAAGGCGGGUCCUUUAUCUUCUUUCUGAUAUUCGGGCAAAGCUGUCAGAGGUGGGCCAAAACCGUGAGCCCCCAGAGUCUCAGUUCCACCUUGAGAAAAUGAACAGCAGGCGUGAGCUAAAAAAUCUGGAAGGGCAACUGGCCGUUGAAGAAAAGAGGAAUGUGAUGGUGUCUCGGUUAGUCAGGAUUGGGGGUGCAGACCUUGAGGACUGUGUAAAAAAUAUGAUGAAAAGAGUUCUUACCAACAGAUUGAUGGCAACAAUGAACAUGGAUGGCUCAGGGGUGAAGAAGGCCUUUGGAAAAACACGGCUAUGCCGUGUUAUGAUAGGUGCUGUACAGCAGUCGAAACCUUCUGCGUCAGAGGCCGAAAUAAAGAAAUACAUGGGCAGCUAUCUCCGGUCUGCUCCUGAUAGAUAUGGGGGUAUGGGACGGCAAAAGGGGAAAUCUGCCAUUGAGGUCUGUUCAGACUCUGAAUAAGUAAUGCACCAAUUGUUUAUCUACAAUGUUUCUGUUCAUUAAAUUGUUUAUCUAUGAAACAAAUUACAAAAUUGGUUUUAUUUUAAUUUAACUUGCUCUUUGUUUUUGAGAGAAGGUCUUGAGAGCUUUGAUGUAAAAACCUGUAAUAUGUCUGUCGUGAUGACACAAAAUGCAAUUGUUCAUCAAUUGAGAUUUAUAUCAGAAUAAAAUUUAUA